AUGUAUAUUAGAUAUAUCAAAAAAUCUCAUAUUACCCAUAAUUUUUGGGAGAACGUUCGGAAGGAGAUCGCUGACAUAACUUCGAUAGAUCUAAGCCUUAAGCCUGAAGUGUUUCUGCUGAACUACUGGGAUAAUGAUGUGGAUGCUAGGAACAGGGAAAUUAUCUCGAUGCUUCUGGCUGCAGCGCGUACCCUGCAACUGGAUAUUGAGAGCAAAAUGCUGAAUUUUACCUCCACAUCUGAAUUCUUGCUCCUGGAAUUUUCAGACAUCCGAGAACUACAGAUCUUAUAUUUCUUUGUCUUCUUAGCGGUAUAUGCAACUGUAGUGAUUAGUAAUCUUCUCAUCAUCAUUGCUGUAGUUCUUGAUCAUCAUCUCCACACCCCCAUGUACUUCUUCCUCAUGAACUUGGCUGUCCUGGACCUUGGCUCAGUUUCUGUCACGGUACCUAAAGCUAUAGCCAAUUCCCUCCUGAACACCAGGUCCAUUUCUUAUUCAGGAUGUGUGGCUCAAGUAUUUGUCUACGUCUUAUUUGCAGGGUCAAAUUUUGCCCUCCUAACAGUAAUGGCACAUGAUCGGUAUGUUGCUAUCUGCAGUCCAUUGCAAUAUGAGACAAUCAUGCAUAAAGGAGCCUGCAUUCGAAUGGCAGCCAGUGCAUGGUUUGUCGGUAUACUUAAUGCCACUUUACACACCAGUGGCACUUUUGCCAUCACCUUCUGCUCCAACAUAAUCAAUCAGUUCUUCUGUGAAGUUCCACAAAUAGUAAAACUUUCCUGCUCAAACUUAUAUCUAAUUGAAAUUGGAAUUCUUCUGUUUAGCUGCAGCUUAGUUGGAGGAUGUUUUAUCUAUAUCAUUAUAACUUACAUGCAGAUUUUUGCAACUGUACUCAGAAUGCCUUCUGUGCAGGGUCGGAAAAAAGCCCUCUCCACUUGCCUUCCCCACCUCACUGUGGUGUCUCUGCUUGUUGUCACUGCAGUGUUUGCAUACUUAAGGCCUCCUGCAAAAACAUCAUCUGAUCUUGAUAUCCUUUUUGCAGUGAUCUAUGUUAUAUUACCUCCAUUGCUCAAUCCCUUCAUCUAUAGCAUGAGAAACAAAGACAUAAAGAUUGCAUUGUGGAAGAUAUUGAGGUCACCCUCCAGCUUUGAUCCCAUAAGGUCUUCUAGCUCCAAUGGAAGGCAUCUUUCAUCACAAUCCCAAACCAAUAAUUCUGCCUGUGUCAGAGAUCACUACACCACCACUCAAAGACUGGUGCCUGCCCCGGGAGUGGGUGCUGGCAUUUGCCUGCCCCCCAUUCUUUUGGAGGAAGUAUGA